UUUUUCACCUGUGUGUUUUGCAAAGGUCACAAAAAGAGUUGCGGGAAAAAAGUCAGCACCUUCUCAGAUCUUUUUAUUGUCUGGUUCAAAGAUGGCAAAGAACUGAAGGAUGGUCCAAAGUACCGCUAUGUUGACUUUGUGGCACUCAUGGUUUGAGAUGGGGUUCUGGCUGAUCUGGGCAAUUACAUAAUUACCAUUGUACCAUGUGUACAAACAUUCAUUGGUGCACUUUGCAGAGUUUGGUGUAAUCGAGGUUUUAAUGAUGCAUUUGCACUGGGUUCCAAGGUUUCCAAAGGUCCAGACAACAUUAAAGCCAAGAGAGUUAGAACAGAUGUGCUCAAAGCUGAAAUAAGUGGAGAACCUCCUCCAGAUGUGGCCUGGCUCAAAAAUAGAGAUGACCUUGAAGAAGACGACAGGUUAUUCUUUGAGGUUGGAGACACCAGCACAAUCCUGACCAUCAAAAAUGCAAAGUUAUCUGAUGCUGGCAAAUAUGAAGUGUUUGUGGAAAACUGUCUGGCACAGAUCAGUCUUUUGAGUGUGGACAUCCUCUGAUUCAACUUCACAACUACUGAACCAAUAUAUAUAUCUGACAUAAAAGCAUCUGACAUAAAAUUAUGGCAGAAGUCAUGGAAAACAAUAAAUGUUCUGCGUUAUUAGGUUCUGCUGGGGUGCCAAAAAAGAUUUGUGUUGUUAAUAAAGCUAAA